AUGUUAAAAAUCCUUAUCCCCACACUCAUGCUUUUCCCAACGAUCUGGCUCAGCCCCGCAAAAUGACUAUGAACUACAUCGAUCGCCCAAAGUUUAAUUAUCGCCCUAGCAAGUUUAUCCUGACUUAACUGAUCGUCAGAAGCCGGGUGAUCCUCCUCUAACCUCUAUUUAGCAACUGACCCCCUAUCGACACCUCUACUAGUACUAACCUGCUGACUACUCCCCCUUAUAAUCCUCGCCAGCCAAAAUCACCUCUCCCCUGAACCCUUAAAUCGCCAACGAACCUACAUCUCCCUCCUGGUAUCUCUUCAAAUAUUUCUAAUCUUAGCAUUCGGGGCCACAGAAAUUAUUAUAUUCUACAUCAUAUUCGAAGCCACGCUACUCCCAACCCUAAUUAUUAUUACCCGAUGAGGAAAUCAAACAGAACGCCUCAACGCCGGCACCUACUUCUUAUUCUACACCUUAGCUGGCUCCCUGCCCCUCCUUGUGGCCCUGCUUCUAAUACAAAACGACAACGGAACCCUAUCCAUAUUUACCCUGCAGUACGCACAACCCCUGCACCUUUUAACAUGAGGCGAUAAACUAUGGUGAGCUGCCUGCCUUUUAGCUUUCCUUGUAAAAAUACCACUCUACGGUGUACACCUUUGACUUCCAAAAGCCCACGUAGAAGCUCCAAUCGCCGGAUCCAUAAUCCUAGCGGCCGUUCUCCUCAAGCUAGGGGGGUACGGCAUGAUACGCAUGGUAGUGAUACUAGACCCCUUAACCAAAGAACUAGCUUACCCCUUUAUUGUCCUGGCCCUAUGAGGUAUCGUUAUGACCGGAUCUAUUUGCCUACGUCAAACAGACCUGAAAUCACUAAUCGCAUACUCUUCAGUCGGCCAUAUAGGACUGGUCGCAGGGGGUAUUUUAAUUCAAACGCCCUGAGGAUUUACUGGUGCAAUUAUCCUCAUAAUCGCACACGGCCUCGCCUCCUCAGCACUAUUCUGCUUAGCCAAUACUAGCUAUGAACGCACACACAGCCGAACCAUACUACUAGCCCGAGGGAUACAAAUAGUUCUCCCCCUAAUAACCACUUGGUGAUUUAUGGCUAGUUUAGCCAAUCUGGCCCUUCCUCCUCUCCCCAACCUAAUAGGAGAACUAAUAAUCAUCACUUCAAUAUUUAACUGAUCAUAUUGAACCCUUAUUCUCACGGGACUAGGCACAUUAAUUACAGCAAGCUACUCCCUCUAUCUAUUCUUAAUAACCCAACGGGGCCCCCUGCCCUCCCAUAUUAUUGCUCUUGAACCCACCCACACCCGAGAGCACCUACUUAUUAUCUUACACCUCAUCCCAAUUAUGCUCCUAAUCCUAAAACCUGAACUCAUGUGAGGCUGAUGUUUCU